CGAAGUUUGUGCCGCAACACGUGCGCCAAAUUGUUUCGUUUUGUUUUCUAUUAAAAAUGACUAAAAAACGGACAGUAAAACGUAAAGUUAAAGAACCUGAGCCCACAAAGGAACAACCUUCGGUUUCUGAACAGUCAGACAAUGAGGAAGAUGAGGAUCUGCUACAAGCUGUAAAAGAUCCUGGCGAGGACACGACAGAUGAUGAAGGCAUAGAUCAAGAAUAUCAGUCGGACAGCAGUGAAGAUCUAGAGUUUGAAAGCGACGAAGAAGGUAACUAUUUGGGCAGAAAAGUCAGCAACGAGGCAGAAGAAGGUGAAGACGAUCAAGACGAAGAUGAUGAUGAAGACGAGGAUGAGGGUGAGGAUGAGGAUGAUGACUCUGAUGAUGAUAGCGAGGAGAGCGAUGCUGAUGAUGCCUCACCAACGCCUAAAGACGAUCAGUCAAGCAGCAGUAAAGCAGCUGCUGCCCAGACAAAGGAGCCCAUCAUUCAGAUAAUUCCGCGUGAUCCUUCAAAGCCUGAGUACGAGGAGUCGGACACUUCUGAUGAGGAGGAUAUACGAAAUACAGUGGGCAACAUACCCAUGCACUGGUAUGAUGAAUACAAGCACAUUGGCUACGACUGGGAUGCAAAGAAAAUUAUAAAACCGCCAAAAGGCGAUCAAAUUGACGAUUUCUUGCGCAAGAUCGAGGAUCCGAACUUCUGGCGCACUGUGAAGGACCCGAUGACAGGCCAGGAAGUGUUGCUAACUGACGAGGAUAUAGCGCUGAUCAAGCGCGUCAACUCGUCGCGCAUACCAAAUCCAGAACAUGAUGAAUACGCUCCAUGGAUCGAAUGGUUCACCUCGGAGGUGGAGAAAAUGCCCAUUAAGAAUGUACCGGACCACAAGCGUUCGUUCCUGCCGUCGGUAUCGGAAAAGAAGAAAGUUUCCCGCAUGGUGCAUGCCCUUAAAAUGGGUUGGAUGAAGACCACCGAGGAAGUGGAGCGCGAGAAGCAACAAAAACGUGGUCCCAAAUUCUAUAUGCUGUGGGAAACAGAUACGGGACGGGAGCAUAUGCGUCGCAUACAUGAUCCUGUGUCGGCACCCAAACGUGAUCUGCCUGGUCAUGCUGAAUCGUAUAAUCCUCCGCCCGAGUACCUCUUCGACGAAAAGGAGACAAAGGAGUGGCUCAAGCUUAAGGAUGAGCCACACAAGCGCAAGCUGCAUUUCAUGCCACAGAAAUACAAAUCCCUUCGUGCCGUUCCAGCGUAUUCCCGCUAUCUGCGCGAACGCUUCCUACGCUGCUUGGAUCUGUAUUUGUGUCCGCGUGCCAAGCGUGUCAAAUUGAAUAUUGAUGCGGAGUAUCUGAUACCCAAAUUGCCUUCGCCACGCGAUCUGCAGCCAUUCCCCACAGUGGAGAGUCUGGUCUAUCGCGGCCACACGGAUCUGGUGCGUUCUGUGAGCGUGGAGCCGAAGGGAGAGUAUUUGGUUUCCGGUUCCGAUGAUAAGACAGUCAAGAUUUGGGAAAUCGCCACUGGACGUUGCAUUCGCACCAUCGAGACUAACGAUGUGGUCCGCUGCGUUGCCUGGUGUCCCAAUGCCAAGUUAUCCAUUAUUGCUGUGGCCACCGGCAGUCGCUUGCUCCUCAUCAAUCCUAAGGUGGGCGACAAGCUGUUGAUUAAAAAAACAGACGAUCUGCUGGCCGAAUCGCCCAAUUUGGAUGUCAUUGAGAGUGAGCGCAUCAAGACAGCUGUGCAAUGGUCCAAUGCGGAGCCCGACGAGCAAGAGAAGGGUGUGCGUGUGGUCAUAACACACUUCAAGCCCAUACGUCAGGUGACCUGGCAUGGUCGCGGUGAUUACCUGGCCACCGUAAUGCCCGAGGGUGCCAAUCGCUCAGCUCUCAUACAUCAGCUCUCGAAGCGACGCUCACAAAUACCUUUCUCCAAGAGCAAGGGCCUGAUACAAUGCGUUCUCUUCCAUCCAGUUAAGCCUUGCUUCUUCGUGGCAACUCAGCAUAACAUUCGCAUCUAUGAUCUGGUAAAGCAGGAGCUGAUUAAGAAGCUGUUAACCAACUCCAAGUGGAUAUCGGGCAUGUCCAUACAUCCCAAAGGUGACAAUCUGCUAGUGUCCACCUAUGACAAGAAGAUGCUCUGGUUCGAUCUGGAUCUAUCAACCAAACCGUAUCAGACAAUGCGUCUGCAUCGCAAUGCCGUGCGCAGCGUGGCCUUCCACUUGCGCUAUCCUCUGUUUGCAUCCGGCAGCGAUGACCAGGCGGUCAUUGUGUCCCAUGGCAUGGUUUAUAACGAUCUGCUUCAAAAUCCAUUGAUAGUGCCGCUAAAGAAGCUGCAGACGCACGAGAAACGCGACGAGUUUGGCGUCCUAGAUGUAACUUGGCAUCCGGUCCAGCCUUGGGUGUUCUCCACAGGCGCCGAUUGCACAAUCCGACUCUACACAUAAAGUAUGCAGUGUGUUGCAUCUUUAGUUUUUUAAGCGCUCAAUUUGUAAUAUGAAUGUUGAACGGUAGUAAACAAUAUAUCCAAUUGAAUCACA